AUGAAAGUAUUUGCGUUGAUUCUAGUAGUGCUGUUGAAUUUGAAGGCAGUAUGGAGCAUACGAUUAGCGAUCCUUCCGCCUGUGCUUUCACAGAACUCAUGGAGUAAUAUUGGAUUCCCCAACAGCCUGCGCUUCGUCGAUGAAGUUCCCAGAAGAAAUGUUCGAGAACCAAGGAAGAACUACCCUGCUAGCUUUUGGUUUCGCGGGUAA